AUGCUAAAGUUGCAUAUUUCAUACAUUUUUAUAUUACCUAUUAUAUUUGUAAAAUAUCUUUUCUGUUUAUCAAUUACUAGCCCACUGUCGUUCAUUCAUCCAUUAUGUUCUAAUUUUCCCUUAAAUAACUUACAAAACAAGUCAAAAUUCACUGUUAAUAAUAUAGCAACAUUUAUAAAUCCAACUAAACCAAAAAUUUUCGAAUCUUUGGCAAUCUCACCUCCAGAAUCUUCAUCUUCUUCAACUAUUGAUACAACCAUGAGUGAUCCGGAUGAAUUUGCUGAUGAUUCUACUUGUUUACCCAAAGAAAAACCUAAAACCAACCUCAUUUUGAUUGUUUCAUACGAUGGAACCUUUUAUCACGGCAUGGCAGGCCCUAUGAUAUUCCUGAAAGACUACGGAAUUCAGGUUAAUUUCGAUAACGAUAAAGUAAACUCGAUAAACAACGAAUUAUUGAAGACAAUAACGAUGUUGCACGGAUAUUUUGGAAACAAGAGGAAGUUGAAGAAGAAAAAUCUAAGAGAACUAUCUAAGAAGAUAAAGUCGAAAGAUGAAGAUAGUACUUAUAUUAAUGGGUAUAAUGACGAAGAAAACACUAGCUCGCCUGAUUUGCUUGAAGAAUACGCAAGAAGAUUCACAUUGAUUACAUCUAGCAGAACGGAUAGAGGGGUACAUUCAAUGGGCACAGUAAGUUUAAUAAAUUUAGUUUCUGAAAUUUAUUUAUUUCAGGCAUGCCAAUACCUCUCAUUUGACAAAAAAUUUAACUUCGAUAGUUUGGAGGAGUUCCAGGAUUCGCUUAAUAAAAGACUUCCAAGUGAUAUAAGAGUCACUUCAGUUAUCACGCCUCCUCACGAUGAAUUCAACGUCCGCCACCACAACAUAGGAAAAUCAUAUUCAUACAAAGUGGAUUUAUCCCCAAAUCCUUCCUUAUUUGAAAGGAACCACUACUGGCAGAUUAUGUCAGACACUCACUUUGUUAACACUCUUUUAAGGAAAUACAGGGAUGUUAAGGCACCCUUUUCUUUUGAAAAGUUGAAGGAAGCGGCUAGAGUUUUCCAUGGGAAACACAACUUCGAGGCGUUCCGGAAAAACUGCCGAGGAAACGAACGAGAUAAAAUAAUCGACCCGAUUUGUACCAUACAUAGUAUUGAAUUUGUAAAUAUACCACAAGAUAAAAAGGUCGAAAUUAUAGUAAACGGGGACAGGUUUUUAUAUAAGAUGGUCAGAUGUAUUGUCAGUCAUUUAAUUCUGGCUGGAUUUAAUGUGAUAAAACCUGACCAAAUCAAGAGGGCGUUGGACAACGCGACUGAGAUUCCGAACAUACCCUACGCACCUGCACACGGUCUGUACCUUAAAAAAGUAUUCUUUGAAAAGGAAGUUCAGGACAAAAUAGAUGAAUUCAGAAAUAGAUACCAUGAAAGAAUGCAUAAUGUAUUAAAUUAA